AUGCAAAUAUUUGCAGCUACGCUAAUAACUCUUAUAUUGUCAACUGGAACUCUUACUGGGGACGUUAAUAGGUGCCCUUAUGGGUGUGAAUGCUCGGAAUGGAGAAGAUGUUCUGUUUCUUGUAGUGAUAUAGAGACUAUACCUAUAUUUCCUGCAGACACGGACACACUACAUCUCUUUGAAACAAGAUUGGCAUCUGUUCCCGAAGAUGCUUUUGCCAACAUGAAGAACAUCUCAGUAAUUUAUUUGUCAGUUGAUGACACCCUGAAGAAAUUAGAAAAGCAUUCUUUUUACAGCCUGAAGAAUAUUAUGCAUAUAGAAAUAAGAAAUACCAAAAAUCUGAUGAUCAUCAGUCCUGAGGCUUUCAAAGACCUCCCAAAUUUGAAAUACUUAGGUUUAUUCAACACAGGUCUCACCAUCUUUCCUGACCUGACCAGGAUCCACUCUGAUGAGUCACCCUUUAUUUUAGAAAUUACUGACAAUCUUUACAUCACUGAAAUUCCUGCCAAUGCAUUCCAAGGUAUUACCAAUGAUGUGCUAACAGUGAUGUUAUACAGUAAUGGUUUUACCAAAAUCCAGCACCAUGCCUUCAAUGGGACAAAACUAGAUGCUGUAUAUCUCCAUAGAAACAAGCAGCUCAAAAGACUUGAGGAGAGCAUGUUUGCAAAAGUCAUCAGUGGUCCAUUGAUCCUUGACAUUUCAGACUCAGGUAUCAGCUCUCUUCCAACAAAAGGCCUGGAGUCACUACGGGAACUUGGUGCUCGGAAUGUUUGGGCACUGAAAAAGCUUCCACCAGUCAAAAUAUUCAAGGAGCUAAUGAGAGCUGAUCUGACAUAUCCUAGUCACUGCUGUGCUUUCAAGAACAUGAAGAAACAGAAAGGGUACCUGGAGUAUGUCAUUUGUAAUUUGACUUCCAAGUACAAACACCACCAUAAGAGAUCAAUAGGCAGACUUACAGUCCAAGCCCUCCAUCGUGGUAUAGACCAAGGCAUCAAUCAUCAGGACUUCCACAUUAGCCUAGAUUACCAUGACCUUUUUGAUCGACACCGUGAACAUGACAUGGGAUUUGGGGCUGAACUGAAGAAACCCCAGGGUUUACCAAGUCAGGACUUUGACAGUCGCUAUGACUAUGUUGUGUGUGAGGAUGGAGAGGAAGUGGCAUGCUCUCCGGUCCCUGACGAGUUCAACCCAUGUGAGGACAUUAUGGGCUUCAACUUCCUGCGAGUGUCUGUCUGGUUUGUCAGUCUGUUGGCUAUACUGGGGAACCUGUUGGUGCUCUUUGUGUUACUUACAAGCCACUACAAACUAUCUGUCUCUCGGUUCUUUAUGUGUCACCUAGCUUUUGCUGACUUGUGCAUGGGCAUCUACCUGCUUCUUAUCGCUUCAGUUGACAUUUACACACAGUCAGAGUACUAUAAUUAUGCCAUAGACUGGCAGACUGGGCCAGGGUGCACCCUUGCUGGAUUCUUCUCUGUCUUUGCUAGUGAGUUGUCAGUUUAUACAUUGACCACUAUUACUUUGGAGCGCUGGCAUGCCAUUAGUUUUGCAAUGCGCUUAGAUCGCAAGCUGCGAUUAUGCCAUGCAUCUGCCAUUAUGCUUGGAGGAUGGAUCUUCUGCUUUUUUCUGGCCCUCAUGCCUCUGUUAGGGGUGAGCAGCUACAAGAAGGUCAGCAUUUGCUUACCAAUGGAAACACGCACCUUGAUGGACCAGAUCUAUAUCCUUCUUGUUCUUGUCCUCAACAUUGUUGCUUUUGUGAUUAUCUGUGCAUGCUACAUUAAGAUAUACUGUGUUGUGCACAACCCCACUUAUAACUCAGCCAAAAAGGAUGCCAACAUUGCCAAACGUAUGGCUGUGCUUAUUUUCACUGACUUUAUCUGCAUGGCACCAAUUUCCUUUUAUGCCAUGUCAGCUGUGCUGGACCACCCACUCAUAACUAUGUCCAACUCCAAGAUACUCUUGGUGCUGUUUUACCCACUGAAUUCCUGUGCUAAUCCUUUUCUUUACGCCAUUUUUACUAAGGCCUUUCGUGGCGAUGUAUUUAUCCUGUUCAGCAAAGUUGGCCUGUGUCAGCGGCAGGCCCAGCGCUUUAGAGGCCAAACCCUCUCCUCAAAAGCAAGAAGAGGAGGCUCAAGUAGGCAAAAGAGAGUUCAAAAAUCUGAGGAAAAUCCUCCUAACCUAAUGGACUGUUGA